AUGCGGCCCGCCAAAUGUUACUUUCCUUCCUUCCUUCCUUCCUUCCUUCCUUCCUUCCUUCCUUCCUUCCUUCCUUCUUCCAUCCUUCCUUCUUCCAUCCUUCUUUCCUUCCUUUCUUUCUCUUUCUCCUUUCCUUAUUCAUACUACCCCCCCUUGAUAUUAUACUUUUUUUUUCCUUCCUUUUUUUCCUUCCUUCCUUCUCUUUCUUCAUACCUUAAUUUUGGGGUCCUUAAUUCCUUCGUUCCUUCCUUCAUUUCAUUAUUUCUUCCUUUUUUGUCUCAUACAGGCUUCUUUCUUAAUCCAUCCUUCCUUCGCUUCUUACUUAAUUCAUCAUUCCUUCCUUCCUUCCUUCCUUCCUUCCUUCCUUCCUUCCUUCAGUUCUUAUUCCUUCUUUUUGUGUCUUAUACAGGCUUCUUUCUUAAUUCAUCCUCCUUCUUUCCUUCCUUCCUUUCCUACCCUCCCUCCGUCCUUCCAUCGUUCCUUCCUUCUUUCCUUCAGUUUUUAUUCCUUCUUUUUGCGUCUUAUAGAGGCUCCUUUCUUAAUUCAUCCUUCCUUCUUUCCUUCCUACCUCACUCCCUUCCUUCCUUCCUUCAUUUUUUAUUUCUUCUUUUUGCAUCUUAUACGGGCUUCUUCCUUCCUUCCUUCCUUCCUUCCUUCCUUCCUUCCUUCCUUCCUUCCUGCAUUUUUAUUCCUUCUUUUUGCGCGUCUUUCAUAAUUAUCCUUCCUUCAUUCCUCCCUCCCUCCCUUCCUCCAUUUUUUUACUCUUUCUUUAUACGUCUUAUACAGGCUUUUUUCUUAAUUCAUCCUUCCUCAUUUCCUUCCUUUCUUCAUUCAUUCACUCCUUCUAUACAGCUUCCUAACAUGCCCUUUCUAUUUACCUGCUCCUUUCAUCCUCUCAUUCAUUCCCUAUAUGUUCUACUCUCUUUUCGUUGUCCCACAAUGCAUUUCUUUUAUUCCAUCUCUUCUUCCAUCAUUAACUCACUCUUUUCUUCCAUCCUUCUCUUCGCUCCUUCUAUAUACAUUCCUUUUCUCCCUCUUUUAUUUCUUUUCCUAUUAUUUGUGUCCGAUUACCUUCUUUUUUUCCUUCCUUUUUUCCUCACAUUUUCCCCUUCUCUUUCUCUCUUAUGUACUCCCUUUUUCUUUUUAUUCGCUCUCAUCUUCCGACUUCCUUUCAAUCCCCAUUUUCUUGUCGUCCUUCCUCAUAAGAUUUUCUCUCGUUUUUUUACAACGUUCGUCACGAAUUUCUAUUUGUUUGUUCAGCAUUCAUUUCUCUUUAUUUAA